GCUUUAUGUACAGCGCAAGCUUCUACAGGCGUACUCGGAAGUCCGCUACAUUUACUGUGGCUUACUCUGAAAAAAAGGGGUUGUACAUCACAUUGCAACGUGGAAAAGUCGAAAAUACAGGUACAUUCCUGCCUGUGAUCUUUGCUCCUCCAGCUUCACUUUAAAAGUUCCCCUGAUCCUUCAAAGAAAAUUUAUCCUCUAUACUUGGAGUUGGAGGCCAAAAUGCCUGUGUGAUACCACUUCCUUCAAAUCUCUCCUCAGAAUCCAUUCCAGUAAAUAUUCUGGCAUAAAGGAGAGACUCUUGCAGUUGAAGUGCUGGUAAGCACAUGUCCAUGAUGGCACCCAAGCAGAUUGGAAAAUGGGCGAAGUAUGGCAUUUAACUUCCUGGGAAAUUUUGUUCAGCAAAGCCCCUCUGCUCCAAGUACCAGGAAGACAUUGUGUCUUUUCAAAAAGAACUCUCUUCAAUAUUACCGCACCCUUUGGAAACAAAAGGAAAGAAUAUUCAGAAAGGAGGAUUAUAGGAUAUUCUAUGCAAGAAAUGUAUGAUGUGGUAGCUGUUGUAAGUGAAUACAAGGACUUUGUUCCAUGGUGCAAAAAGUCAGAUGUGUUAUCCAAACGUUCGGGAUACUGCAAAGCACGCUUAGAAGUAGGAUUUCCUCCUGUGUUGGAGAGAUACACUUCAGUUGUUACACUAGUAAGACCUCAUUUGGUAAAGGCAUCAUGUACAGAUGGGAAACUGUUUAAUCAUCUGGAAACAAUAUGGCGUUUCAGUCCAGGAAUCCCUGGCUAUCCAAGAACAUGCACCUUGGAUUUUUCAAUUUCUUUUGAGUUUCGUUCCCUUCUACAUUCUCAGCUUGCAACACUGUUCUUUGAUGAAGUUGUUAAGCAAAUGGUAGCUGCGUUUGAAAGAAGAGCAUGCAAGUUGUAUGGUCCAAAAACCAGCAUACCUCAAGAAUUAAUGUUUCAUGAAGUACAUCACACAUAAGAGGGGAAAACUAUGAAAUUACUUGGACACCCAUGUUCACAUGAAAUGCUUCUCAUGUGAGCUUCCCAUUACUUGGAGGGAUUUUUUUGCCAAUUAUGUAUACUACUGUACAAAUAUGCAUGUAAGAUACAGAUGUACAUAACAGACACUUCAAUCAAGUGCAAUUGUAAGGUGCUGAAUAUCUGAGUGGCAGCUAUAACCAACAUCAGACUUGCCUUCUGCAUCUUGUCAUCUUGUAAGACAGCACUGUAUCAGUCCUACUGCCUUGUUUUUGCAGUGUUUAAUAUUUACUAUUUGAAUCAAGUUUAAGUUAUUCUUUUAAUGCAUAUUUAAGUUAUUUUUUGCUAUUCAGGACAAGCUUUAAACUAGCAAUAGUAUUUUGAGUUUUUCUUCAUUGUAUAAAAUAUGGUGGCAGAUAGUUAUAUGCAGCUUUUUAGCAGGUAAUCAAUAAAUCCUAGAUCAAGGGCUAGGUUUAACCAGUAUGUAAUUAUGUUGCUGCACUAUGCUGUUCCAAGAUCCCUAGAGAUGGCUAAAUCCACAGAACUCAAGCUAUAAAAAAGGGAAGAUAAUCCAAUUAGUGACAAGAUUUAGUGCUAGCUCAGUGUGUUUAGCAACAUUAUAGCAGAAUGCUUGAAUUGAUCAGCUUUGUAAGAAAUUGCUUUAUCUGUAAUCACCGAUGUGUCUGUAACAACUUUUUAUAAUCUUGUCACAAGAAUAGAUGUCAUUUCUAUAGCAGAAUUUCUUCCCAUGUCAGCACCUUGGGCAGAUCUUGAGUGUAAGAGAAAUUGCUCCCCUAUCUACUGCUGGGAAAGUUUAGUCACUGGAAAAAUUUAAUUGGAUUCCACUCAUCUUGUGGGUUCUGCCUUUAAGAAGGUAAAAUCUUGUAUAAUCCAAACAUGAAGAAGGCAGGGCAGUCUUUGAAGUGUUCUGUCAUGUUCUCCAGAAUUCUUUGGGAUCUGCUCCUUUUUAGUCACAGGGAAAGUUCAUAUAUAGAAUGGAUUAUUACCAAAAGUCAACUAGUCCCCCAUUCUACGAAAAGCAGAAAUUCGUACAUCUCUCUAUAAACCAGAACAUAUUUGGGGCCAAAACUGUCCCAACAUUUGUAUGAAAGUUUUGGGGGUGCUUUUAUACCCCACACUAAAAGCUAACUACAGCUCAUUUUAAUUCUUUUGAAAGUCAGGAUUCUGAGCUAAAAACUCUGGCAAACAGAAUUAAAACCCACUAAGGGUUUUCUAUAAUGGCUUGAGUUUGUAGGUUAAACUAGCAUUAACCAGCACAAAUCUCAAUAGGGCAAGCAGUGCUAUGCAGGUUUUAUUAUUGUGCAUAGCUUGAGGAACGCUUGCCUUUCAUAUGCAUUAUCAGCCUUGUACGAGGCACUUGUGCAUGAUCAAAAAUGAUCCCUUUUACAACUAGUGCUAGGUUUCAUAUACACAGGGUGAAGGUUACGGGAGCUGCUUAGCUUGAACAUGCAAUGUUUCCUAGGAAACCAACAUAUACCUCUUACAAAGCAGGGCUAUGUAUUGUGAACACAUCAAUAUAUUUCAUACCUUUCAGCAAUCUUUUAUUACAUAAAGUUGUCACAUAAUUGUAUAUUUGUCUACUUUGUACACAAUUUUUAUUUAGUCUUGCGCACAAUGGCUUCAGCGUUUCCUAGAGAUAGCACGCACCAAUAAAAAUUUGAUUCAACAGAA